AUCAGCCGAAGCGCGUCCAUUACGCAUUACCGAACCCGGUCAUCCUCAAUCGUAGUAGAUUUCGAGGAACGGAGAUGAGCAGCAAUCGUGGUAAAUUAGCACCAGAAGUGAACCGAGCUCUGUUCGUAAAGAACUUGAGCUACAACGUAACUCCCGAGGAGUUGUUCGACCUGUUCGGAAAAUUCGGCCCAAUCCGACAGGUUCGACAGGGCAUUGCCAACAACACGAAGGGCACCGCAUUCGUUGUCUAUGAAGACGUCAUGGAUGCCAAGCAGGCUUGCGACAAGCUGAACGGUUUCAACUUCCAGAACCGUUACCUUGUCGUCCUGUACCACCAGCCAGAGAAGAUGCUCAACCGCACGAAAGAGGACCUCGAGGCGCGCCGCGAGUCUUUAGCUCAGCUCAAGAAGCAGCACGGUAUCGAUUGACAAUCCGACGGGUCUGCUGCACGCCUCCAGACCGCCACCCAUGCGUCUGCAGGCCCGUCUUCCAUGUCUUCACCCAAGACUUCCGCCGCCGCCGCCGCCGCGGCUUCCCCUUCUUCCAAGACGGCCCACCGUCACGACAAGCUCGGCGUUGCCGGGCACGUACGCCGGGCCGUCGUCCGCUUCGCCGACGGAGGUCGAUCCAACGCCCUCCAGCCACAGACAUGUGCGUAAAAAGGAGACGGCGCCUGUAACAACACACGCCGCCGGGG